CGCGUUCUUUCCAGGUUCCGAUUUGUUGGAAUCAAACCCAUCAACACUGGUCCACUUGAACAGCAACGUAUGCUAUACCAAAAGCUGCAAAGGCACACGUGCUUGGUACGCCAUUGAAUAUGUGCCACUGGACUCCCUGCACGCACGGCUAAAGUACCCGGUCCUGCCGUGAGCGUCUGCAUCCGUCCGGAUACACAGUUGUGGACCUUAGCUGAAAACCCCACCUCAUCCUUGCCUUGCUUGCCCUACACGACUUUUCUUUCCGUACGCCAUGGGGCUCUCAGCCAAGGACACCCAGCUUCUACGGGAGACUCUGCAAGGAGCAGCAGUGAAGUGCUCGGAAAGAUGCCUUUACCAAUCAGCGAAAUGGGCCGCCGAGCUCCUCGAUGCGCUUCCGGAGCCCGAGAUGGACACGGCAGUACCGGGCGCGGGAGACGAUUAUGUGCACCCCGCGUUCGCCCCGAACCCUGACCCGACCGAGGCUGCGCUCGAAGCCCGAGAGCUCAGUCGCUACCUGCUCGCCAAGUCCUACUUCGACUGCAAGGAGUUCGAGCGAUGUGCCGCCGUCUUCCUUCCCGAUUCCAUGCUCGCGCGAUUGGUGGCCCCGACGGGAAAUGAGAAGGCUGCUCCCAAACGCCGCGGCGGCAAUGGCAAAGGCAAGGCCACGGCGGCUGCGUCCUUCUCAUCCGAACUGCCCGAGAUUAGCCAGAAAAGCUUGUUCUUAGCCCUGUACGCAAAGGUCAUAUCCGGUGAGAAGCGCAAGGACGAGGACACCGAGAUGAUUAUGGGGCCCCAGGACUUGGGCUCCGUCGUUAACAAGGAGUUGGUCCUUGUCAGCCGCUUCCUUGCUAAGUGGUUUGCCGAGCGACGGGGUCGCGACUCCGACUACCCUGCCAGCCAAGGCUUUCUUGAAUAUUUGUACGGCAUGGUCCUAGCCAAGGAGAAGAACGACAACAUUGCCCUGGACUAUCUCGUGGAGAGCGUCCAAUUGUUUCCGUGGAACUGGGGAGCUUGGCUCGAAAUCACGAACCUCGUUUCGAGGAUCGAGCAACUCAACAAUGUUGCGGGUCGCUUGCCGCAAAACAUCAUGUCUUUUAUCUUCCACGCCAACGCCGCAGUCAAUCUCUACCAGCAAGGGCCGGAGCUUGCCACCUCGCUCAACGACCUCCUCGCCAUAUUCCCGACUUCAUCCUUCCUCCUGACGUGCAAGGCAUUGCUCUGCUAUCACUCCAAAGAUCUCUUCGCGGCAGAGCAGGAAUUCAACAACAUCUUAGCGCUCCAUCCGCACCGGCUCGACGCUCUCGAUCACUACUCGAACAUCUUAUACGUUCUGAAUCGGCGCCCCAAGCUCGCAUUCCUGGCCCAUCUCUGCUCCAGCAUCGACAAGUUCCGACCGGAAUCUUGCGUCGUGAUCGGGAACUACUACUCGCUGCUCUCGCUCCACGAGAAGGCUGUGCAGUACUUCCGCCGGGCCCUUACGCUGGACCGCUCGUGUCUCUCCGCUUGGACGCUCAUGGGGCACGAAUAUGUCGAGCUCAAAAACACGCACGCGGCCAUCGAGUCUUACCGCCGAGCGGUUGACGUCAACCGGAGGGACUACCGUGCCUGGUACGGCCUCGGCCAGACGUAUGAGGUACUGGAGAUGCAUGCAUAUGCGCUGUGGUACUACAAGAAGGCCGCGGGGCUCCGGCCGUGGGACUCAAAGAUGUGGCACGCUGUCGGGUCGUGCCUGCAGAAGAUGGGUCGCGACCGCGAUGGUAUCAAGGCGCUGAAAAGAGCGCUGCUGGCGGACAGCUACUACGACACCACGGCGAGCAGUUUUGGUAGCGCCGGCACGGUCGACCGGACAGCGCAGAUGGAUCCUGAAGUGCUGUUACAAAUCGCCACCAUGUACGACCGCCUGGGCGAGGAGGAGGAGGCCAAGGCGUACAUGGAGCUCUGUCUGGCGCAGGAAGAAGGGGCAACGGGCCCCGGGGAGGGCGGCGGGGCCGCCGCCGGCUUGAGCGAGUCGAUCGCGAUCCACCACGACUCUCAAGGAGCCGGAGCGGGAGCCGGGUCAGACGGGGAGGGCGAGGGCGACGAGGGCGGCGCCGGCCACGAGGGCGGAACCGGAGUCACGUUUGCUACGAGCAAGGCGCGCAUGUGGCUGGCGAAGUACGCGAUGCGGGCCGAGGACUACGAAACGGCCAACCGUCUCGCCAUGGAGCUUUGCCAGGAUGGAGUGGAGGUGGAGGAGGCCAAGGCGCUCAUGCGCGAAGCCCGGUCGCGGAUGGAGAUGGCAAGUCUGAUGGAGCGUUAGAAGUCGCCACCGUCGAGAUUGCACUCCGUCGAUCCGCGCGGCCCGGUCGAGCUGGGCGAAGGCCCCUCGGGAGCCAGCACGGGAGACAGGUGGCAGAGGCAGCAAAGCGGGCGCCUCUCGUCGCAAGGCUGAAUGGAUUCCAUGCAAAGGCUCU